CAUAUAUAUGGGAUGCUCUCACCAACAUGUCUUUAACGUAGGGGAGACAGAUCAUGGAAGCAACCGUGGAAGGGAAAGCUCUGAUAUUCUCCAUGCUAAUGGGGUUGGCUAGUUUCAUUGUAAUUCAUGUUAAUGGAGAACAUUCUCCGGUGGGCCGGUUUUCCGGUGAUCACUAUCAUGACCAAAUUCGCAAAAUGCAAGCCUUGAGAUCCUCCUCCGUCCGGCAUGAUUCAGUUUCUCUUGCACCACCGUCAAUCUCGCCUUCUCCUAGCUACGCUCAGCAACCACCGGCUGCAUCAAGUCCACGUGUGUAUCAUGUGACGACAUACGGUGCAGACCCAACGGGAAGAGAAGACAGCACAGAAGCACUCCUCAGAGCAAUAUCAGAUGCAGUCCAAGGUCCAAGUGCGGGGUCAUUGAUAGAGGGAAUACAAAACCUUGGGGGAGCACAGAUUAAUCUUGAAGGCGGGAAUUACCUGAUUAGCCGACCACUCCGAUUGCCGGCCACCGGUGUGGGGAACCUCAAGAUACAUGGAGGAACACUGCGUGCCUCGGAUGAUUUUCCAACUGAUGGGUAUUUGAUUGACUUGUCGGCUUCAUCGACCAGCAAUAUGGAAGAAAAGAGAGAAAGAUCCAAGGAUUCUCAGCAAUUGUCUUCAUCAUCACCUUACAGUUAUGAAUACAUAACCCUCAGAGACCUCAUGUUGGAUUCAAACUACAGGGGUGGAGGCGCUGCUGUCAUAAACUCACUCAGGACAAGCAUAGACAACUGUUACAUUACCCAUUUCACAACCAAUGGGAUUUUGGUGCGAGGUGGCCAUGAAACCUACAUCCGGAACUCCUUCCUUGGCCAACACAUCACUGCUGGUGGUGAUCAUGGUGAAAGGAACUUUUCAGGAACUGCAAUAAGCCUAAUGGGCAACGAUAAUGCUGUCACGGAUGUGGUCAUUUUUUCAGCUGCAAUAGGAAUAAUGGUUUCCGGUCAAGCCAACAUACUUUCUGGGGUGCACUGCUACAAUAAGGCCACUGGUUUUGGUGGCACUGGGAUUUAUCUGAAACUGCCCGGUUUGACACAAACCCGAAUCGUGAAUUCCUACUUGGACUACACUGGUAUAGUUGCUGAAGACCCUGUACAGCUACACAUCUCUAAUACCUUUUUCCUUGGAGAUGCAUACAUUGUCCUAAAAUCAAUAAAUGGGGUUGCACAUGCGGUCAAUAUUGUUGAUAACAUGUUUUGUGGGUUCGAUAAAGGAGUUGAAAUUGUUCAGUUGGAUCAAACCAAUGGACCUUUCAAAGAUAUCGAACAAGUUGUGGUUGAUAGGAACAAUGUGAGAGGGAUGAACAUAAAGUCCACAGUUGCAAGGGGGUCUGUGAAUGGGAAAGGAAACUCGUGGGUUGUCGACUUUAAUCAUGUUCUUCUAUUUCCUAACCUUAUUAGGAAUGUGCAGUAUUCGUUAAGUGCUACUGGCAGCCAGUUCCCCAACCAUGCCUUAAGGAAUAUUUCUGAUAACCGUGUUGAGAUUCAGACAGAUUUGGAUGUUCCUGCCAGUGUAUAUGUCACAGCAGACCAAGGGAUGCUGACCUGAGUUUGGGUUCAA